AUGAAGGAGGUCCGGACCUCUAUUCACAAGGGGACCCUUGGUUCAGCCUCUUCUCGUGGGCCAUUAAUGUUGAUGGAAUGUAUGAAUGAAUACAAAUGCGAAAGAUCAGGCAAGAAGAAGAAGAAGAAAACAAAAGGCAGAAAGCCUGCAUCUCUCGAAGAUGCUAUUAAGCAAGCGUGUGGGGACAGACAUGACUGGGAAUUCACACCCCUUUACAGAAGCAAAACCGUGUUUAUCUUCGUGGUUUCACAGUCGUCUCUGCGCCAAAUGUCAACUAAGACAGCUUUUGAACUGUUUAUGGGAACACUUACAAAACUCUACACGAACAUGAGAUAA